CUUCAAGCUGGGCAAAGCACAUUGAUCUGUCUUUUUCUGGCAGACCUAGGUACCAGCAAGAGGGCUUUCUCUUCUACCUCCUUGUCUAAGCCUUCUGCAUAAUGGAUUCCCAAAGAGAACUCACUGAAGAGCUUCGCCUUUAUCAAUCCACUCUUCUUCAGGAUGGCCUCAGGGAGCUUUUGGAAGAGAAAAAAUUUGUUGAUUGCUCCCUAAAAGCUGGGGAUAAAAGUCUUCCUUGUCACAGAUUGAUUCUAUCAGCCUGUAGUCCUUAUUUCCGCGAGUACUUCUUAUCAGAGCAAAGUGAGGAGAAGAAGAAAGAGGUAGUCCUCGAUAACGUCGAUCCGGUCAUUCUCAACAUGAUUGUUAAGUACCUUUAUUCUGCGAGCAUCGACCUCAAUGAUUCUAAUGUGCAAGAUAUCUUUGCCUUGGCGAGCCGCUUUCAAAUUCCUUCUAUUUUCACUGUGUGUGUUUCUUACCUCCAAAAAAGACUUGCUGUUGGUAAUUGCCUGGCCAUCCUUAGAUUAGGUCUCCUCCUUGACUGCCCAAGACUAGCACUGUCUGCCCGUGAUUUUGUCUCAGACCAUUUUGUGAAGAUUUGCAAAGAGGAGGACUUCAUGCAACUUGCGCCUCACGAACUCAUCUCAGUUAUUUCGCCAGACAGUUUGAAUGUUGAAAAAGAGGAAGUGGUUUUUGAGGCUGUAAUGAAAUGGGUGAAGACAGAUAAAGAGAAUCGAAUGAAGAAUCUUGGAGAAGUGUUUGACUGUAUCCGCUUUCGCCUGAUGGAGGAGAAGUAUUUCAAGGAACAUGUUGAAAAGAAUGAACUAAUCAAGAGCAACGCUGAUCUUUCGAAAAAAGUGAAGGUUAUUAAAGAUGCCUUUGCUGGGAAAUUGCCUGAGCCUACCAAAAGUGCAGGGAAGUCGGCUAAAGGAGAGGUUAAUGGCGAUGUAGGGGAUGAAAAUUUGCUCCCUGGUUACCUAAAUGAUAUUCCAAGGCAUGGAAUGUUUGUCAAAGACCUCAUUCUUCUAAUCAAUGAUACUGCUUCUGUGGCUUAUGAUCCUACAGAGAAUGAAUGUUACCUGGCAGCGCUGUCAGAACAGAUUCCCAGAAAUCAUUCCAGCAUAGUCUCUAAGCAAAAGCAGGUCUAUGUCGUGGGAGGACUGUAUGUGGAUGAAGAGAACAAGGAACAGCCUUUCCAGUCAUACUUUUUCCAGCUGGACACCAUAACUUCUGAAUGGGUUGGCCUUCCUCCACUACCAUCAGCCAGAUGUCUGUUUGGACUGGGAGAACUGGAGAACAAGAUCUAUGUAAUUGCAGGCAAGGACCUCCAAACUGAGGAGUCUCUGGAUUCAGUGCUGUGCUACGAUCCCACAUCAGUCAAAUGGAGUGAAGUGAAAAAGCUCCCACUCAAGGUUUAUGGUCAUGCUACAGCUUCCCAUAAUGGAGCUAUAUAUUGUCUUGGGGGCAAGACUGAUGAUAAAAAAUGCACUAACAGAGUAUUCAUAUACAAUCCCAAGAGAGGAGACUGGCGUGAUCUUCCCCCCAUGAAAGUGGCUCGCUCCAUGUUCGGUAUUGCUGUCCAUAAAGGCAAAAUUGUCCUUGCGGGAGGUGUUACUGAAGAUGGCCUGUCGGCUUCUGUGGAAGCAUUCGAUCUCGCCACUAACAAAUGGGAGGUUAUGCCAGAGUUCCCACAGGAGAGAAGCUCUAUCAGUUUAGUUGAUCUGGCUGGCUCCUUAUAUGCAAUUGGUGGUUUUGCGAUGGUUCAGCUUGAAUCAAAGGAGUUUGCACCUAAUGAGGUGAAUGACAUCUGGAAAUACGAUGAUGAGAAGAAAGAAUGGUGUGGCAUGCUGAAAGAAAUCCGCUAUGCAUCUGGGGCUUCCUGUCUUUCAGUUAGCCUGAAUCUGUUUAAGCUGUCAAAGCUGUAAAUGGGAAGUCAGAUGAGGAAUAUUUUAUGGCCUCUGGUAUUGAUGUGUAAACCCAUCCUGUACAGAGAUUAAUAACACAAUUCAUUCAUUUAAAUUGUUAAUGUAUCUAUCCAAAAUAUGCAUUAACUGUUGUAGGUGUAAAAUUCCCCCACCCGUUUUUACUAACAUUUUGAAUUUGAAAUAAAUUGUACCACAAGUUUGAAUAAAAUUGAAUUUGACAAAAA